AUGCUCCCUAGAAACUCGAAGCUAAAGGUUUCGCAGUGUGAUGGAAACCGACCCAUGUGCGGGAGAUGUCAGAAAACCGGCGAUACGUGUCUAUACGAAGCGAAUAAAAGGGAUAUCGGAAGAUUACAGCUACUAAGUGAGCACGACGCAGCUAGAUUACAGAAUUUUGAAAUAGUGUUUGGGGUAUUGCAAAAUGGGACCGACUAUGAAGCUGCCGAACUAUUUUCUCAAAUAAGGGUCGGGGAACCCAUUGAAAUGCUUGCGCCUAAAAUAACUCCUUCUCUUUUCCAACCUUCAGCUUUAGCAUCGUCCCAACAAGCAGCUUUUGUGUCCGGUUCGGCAACUGCACACGAUGGGUCAGAAGGCCCUUCUUCAACAGUAGGAUCGCAAAGUUUUAUGGACCUCCUAUUCGACCAAGAUGGUUGGGCCCAGCCUGUUGAUGGUAUUAACGGCUAUGAUCCCCAACUAGUCCAGGAAGAAUCGCACGACCAUGCCCCCGACACCAUCCAGAGCGAUGGCCAGCAGUCCUAUUAG